AUGGCAAUGGCAAAUCUGAUCAAAUUGAACAAAUUGGAUGCCUCUCAAAAUGUAUCUCUUGUUUUGCAGGGGGAAUAUAAAAAAGCUGUAACUACCAACCAGUGGCAUAAAAGACUGGAGUUCUCUAGUGGGGAAACCAUUGUUAUGCAUAAUCCAAAGGUCAUAGUUCAGUUCCAGGCUUCCUCACAACCAGAUGAAUGGGGAACCACACCAGAUGGACAGACUAGGCCCAGAGUGGUCAAACGUGGGAUUGAUGAUGACCAUGAUGAGAUUCCUGAAGGUGAGCUGCCAGAGGUUAAUCAUCUGGUGUUCAUGGCACAUGGAAUUGGGCCUGUAUGUGACUUACGUUUCAGAAGCAUUGUUGAAUGUGUUGAUGACUUCAGAAAUGUUUCUUUGAAACUAUUACGCACACACUUUAAAAAAGCAGUAGAUGAGAAAAAAAUCUCAAGAAUCGAAUUCCUCCCUGUUCACUGGCACAGUGCCCUUCAUGGAGAUGCUACUGGAGUAGACAGGCGUAUGAAGAAAAUCACAUUACCGAGUAUAGGCCGCUUGCGUCACUUUACCAAUGAGACAUUAUUGGAUAUAUUCUUCUACAACAGCCCUGCUUACUGUCAGACUAUUGUGGAUAAAGCAGCUGCAGAAAUCAAUCGACUAUAUGCUCUCUUCUUGAGUCGAAAUCCUAAUUUCAAAGGAGGAGUCUCCCUUGCAGGACACGGUCUCGGUUCUCUGAUCCUUUUUGAUUUGUUGGCCAAUCAGACAGGCUCCUCUUCCCCUGGUAAUCCCACUCUUUUGGCAUCAAAUGGGACUGUGAAAGACCCUAUAAUCCCGGAUGAGGCUCAGGAGAAUCAGGAUUGCCAGGAUCCUGAGGUUUCUGAUGAACUGAAAGAUGAACAAGAGGAGGACAUCCUGACACUACCAGAAGCAUUGGAAUCAGUUGGUCUUUCUGAGUACCUCAGCACACUGGAAAAGGAAGAAAUAGACAUGGAGUCAUUGCUCAUGUGUACUGUUGAUGACCUGAAGGAAAUGGGGAUUCCUCUUGGACCAAGGAAGAAAAUAGCCAAUUUUGUAAAGGAGAGAGUAAAUGCACAGACGAAGAAGAAAGUUGCAAUGGAGAGAAAGGCAGCUCUGGAAGGUCUGAAGAAAGUUCAGCAAGAAGAAAUUCAAAAAUCCAAGGAUGGAACUGAUCAAAUGAACUCAUUAACUGCAGAAAAACAGCUGAGUUUGAAGAAGAUGCUGUCUUAUGCUGGGACUAGUGUUUCAUCUGUCACUGUACAUUAUGACCAUUUUGAAGCAGGUGCUGGCCAGGUGUCUGUGGUUUAUCAAACACUAGACUUCAAACCAGAUAACUUCUUUGCCUUGGGGUCUCCUAUUGGUAUGUUUCUCACUGUGCGUGGGCUGGAGAAGAUUGAUGAAAGCUACCAACUACCAACCUGCAAGAGAUUUUUCAAUAUUUAUCAUCCUUUGGAUCCUGUGGCAUAUAGAAUGGAGCCUAUGAUUCUCCCUGAAUUGAGUAUUAAACCAGUUCUCGUUCCACAUCAUAAGGGUAGAAAGAGACUUCAUCUUGAGUUGAAGGAAAGCCUGUCCCGCAUGGGCUCGGAUUUGAAACAAGGCUUCAUUAGUUCUCUGAAGAAUGCCUGGCAGACGCUGAAUGAAUUUGCACGUGCCCACACCUCCUCAACCCAGCUGCAAGCUGAGCUAGAGAAGGUAGCUAACCAAAUUAAAGAGGAGGAAGAAAAACAUGUGGAGGAAGAACAAAAGUUGGUGGAAAGUCCAGAAUCACCCAAGGAUGAGGAUUCAACAGUGAAGAUCGGAAUGCUAAAUGGCGGGCAUCGCAUUGAUUAUGUUCUACAAGAAAAACCAAUUGAGAGCUUCAAUGAAUAUUUGUUUGCUCUUCAGAGCCAUUUAUGUUACUGGGAAUCAGAAGACACUGCUUUGCUGUUUCUUAAAGAGGUUUACAAAUCGAUGGGCAUCAGUCCUGAACAGCCACAGCAUUGAUGGCCAUGGGGUGUGCUGUAUUUACCUCAGCAACAUUGAUCAUCUGAAACACCAACAGCUCUGUUGAACACAACACAACAAUUUUAGACCUGCAAAUGAGAUCAGUAGUUGUAUCUAUCUUCCUACUGGGAUAACGGUAUUUAUACAGUCUGCAGUUAUUCGACAAUACAAGCAACUGACUCUAAAGGACAAACAUCUUGCUUUGAAAAACUAUUUACUCUAUUUGAUUGUCACGGUUCUGAAGUAUCUUGCGUUAAAUUAAUGAAGCAGUUCAACUGAUCCUUUGAAAUAGCUUCCGUUCUGAUUUAUUUGCUAACUAAACUAUUCAUUAAUUUCCUAAGAUCACUUAAAUAUUGUUUUCAGGUACUUGUUUGCCUGCUGGAGCUGAUGAAGUAUAAAAUAUUCUUUCUUGAUUUGUUAACUCAUUCCAUUCAUUAUAGAAUUCAUUUCCUUAAUCUGCAGUGGCUUGCUUCAGAUAAGUGAAUAAUUAGGGUUUACAAGGUUGUACCAUGAAUGAGGCCAACCAUGCUCCUGCCAAACAUUACGCAUUUUUAAAUAUAUACUUCAUUUGUUGACUUGCAAAAUAUUCAUUUUUAUUAAUUGUUUACUGGCUUAUGUACUCAGUAAAUAUUCUGACACUUACAAUAAUUACACACUGUGAAUUCAAGAGGCAUCCCUUGGAUGUACAGCACUCCUCAACUACAAAAAUUAAUAAUAUCAUUACAAAAUUAGUUACUUGUCUAACUAUAAUGUUCGUUGGAACUCUAUACCCUCCCAAGAGAAAGUUGGUUCUCUUUUUUUCAGAUCCACCACAGUAUGAUGGCAGUAAGAUUUUUUUUGGUAUACAGUACAGCAAUGUAUCAAACUGAUGUGUGCAGUUUCAACACACCAUUGAAAGCUUUCAGGUGGACUUCAUUGACUUUCAAUUUUCACUUUCCAUAAAAUCCAAAUAAAUAGCUCCUUUAAGCCAUUGUGUUGAUGCUGCCAUAUAUGCAAUGUUUUUGGGUUUUAUAAGCUUUGAUGGUAUUCUGUUAGGGCAGUGAUAAAAUUGGAUUUUUCCAAUGGUACCAAAUGCAGAGAGUUGUAAUGAAAUAAAGAACUUGCAUUGUGAUCAAUGCUUUGAAAAUCACUGAUAGAAUUUUGUCAUUGGACCUAAAUAGACAGAAUAUACUACUCAUUACUUAAGUGGUUAAGCUCGCUGACCAUUUUGUUUUAUAGUAUGGGAAAUUUAACCAAUCAACUGAGAAAUUAAAUACCAGGGCCAUGAAGAGACCUUUCAGUCACCCUUUUCUUCUCUUUUACCAAGCUCUGCCCAAUCUGACUAACCUCAAUUUCCCCUCUUACUAUGCCAGUCACUUGCUGGAUGUGAAAUAGAACCCUUGACAGUGUUACAUCCAGGUGAUUUCAAAAUUUUGAAUGUAUUUUUCUUUGCCAAACUUGAGAGAGAUGCAAGUAAAUGUUCCUUCAGACAAUCAAGCAGUGUGUUUGAUGCUAAGUGUGUACUGUUCAGUAAAGCUUAACGUUAUAUUAAUACAUUUCAGGUUAGUUUAUAUUGUGAAAGAUCCUGGGAACCAAGGUACGGCUUGAAACAUGCAAACAACAGCCCCUUAUUUUGGUAGCACACUGCUUCUAAAUUUCCCUGCACAUUUCAGUUCCUUCUCUCUUUCUGUCUCUCCAGGAGUCGAACAUGAGGCGGCAGCUAUUUGGGUAUUGUCAUUGUUUGGGUUUUGUGUAUGUAAAUAGGAUUAUGUUGCAUUUAUCACAACCUGCAAGUUAAAGUUCACAAACUUGGCAUGCAACUGGUAUAGUUUUUUUGUUUUACUUUAAGUCAAUAGUGCAUCAUUUAAAAAGAAAGAAAAAGGGAAAUGAUUAAAGCUGUAAAACUUUGUGUUCAGGAUAUUGGACCAUGUUGUGUCUCAAAUUGUCUUGUGCUGCUUUGCCAUUCAAGGUUCAAAGAAGUGAUUGUGCCAAGUAAUGGGAAAAUAAGAAUUGCAUGAUUUCUACUGAAAUGUUAUUUAAAUCUUUUUUUGUGAUGCUCCUGGUGUAUUUGUUAUAGAGAACAAAACCUCAUUUGAAGAAUGAAGACAGCCUUGCUGAAAAUGUUGCAAUUUGCCUAAAUAAUGAGAUUCUUGUACAACAGGAAGCAUAUUUUUAGUUUUGGCCAAAUUGCAAAUAACUCCAAUUAAUGAUUUUCUUGUCUCAGAUUAGCAUUGAGUAAAUUUAAAUGUACACCAGCUGUAGGCAUUGUAGAAAUGAAUUAUUUUCUUAGUGUUCACGAAUGAACUGAUUUUUAAUUCCUACUUCAAUGCCAAGAACCCUGUUACAGUCUCCAGCCGCAAGAAUAAAUGACAGCUGCAAAUAUAAAUGACAGCAAUCACCAUUUGUGAAGCUUGGAUAAUCUUUUGACUGGAUUCAUAAUGAUAGAACAGCCCUUGAUUUAGAAUGUGACAUAUCAAAGCUUAGGAGUACUCCUGUGUGAAUUUCUUUUGCCUGCUUGGUAUUCAGGUCAUGUGUUUUGCUUAUCGAGCUAUUAGGACUGUCAACUCUGGAGGUAGAGCAAGUUGAGGUGUUUUACUGUGCUUCUUCAGGAAAAUUCCAUAUUAAGGUUGCAGGUCAGUUCUUUGCUCAGAGAUUUAGAAAACAAAUUGGGUUUCAAAAAAAAUUAGGAAUUCUCAGACAGCAGUUCUAUUUUCUCACUACAUUGUGCCUCUGUAUUUUCACUGCCUAUGGAUAUUUGCUGCAAAGUUUGUAAAGUUGCUAUCAGAAUGUAAAAUUUAACCCAUUCUGCUUAUCUCUUUGGUUUCUAGUCUUCAUUCCAGUAAGAUAACACUGAAGAAUGAAAUCAAUAACCACAGAUUUACAGAGAUUUCAUAGGAAAACCUUACCCAUCUUUCCCCAAAAAUAGAGUGUUUGAUUGUACCGUUCAACCAACUGUGACUUAAUUGCUUAACCUAGUAUAUGGGUUCCUCUGUUUGUAUUAAUAUAAUUUAUUUUUUCAAAAGAAGCUCCAAGCCCAUUCCUGAUAUGUUUGUCUCAGCUACCUUUCUCUCGUAAAGACUUUACAACUAAAUGCCAACUGAUUGGCUUCAUUCAGACUUUUUAAAAAAUCAUAAGUUUCAAGUUUGCCACUACAAGCCACCUUUUUAAUUUGUGUUUUUAAAGAAAUGAAAGUUAUCUGAUUACUUCAAACAGUUUAAAGGAUGCAGUGUGUGAAAUGCAAGAUAACUAAUGAAAUAGGAGUGAAUUUACUUGCCGUGACUUUGGCUUAGGCCGACUUCCCCUUUCCUUUUACUUAAAGAAAGAAUGGUCAACUUUGAGAAACUGAGCAUGAGAUUAAAUGAAUGUGGGGAAGGAAGCAAGUGCCGAUCUUGACAGAUUUCAAAGAUUAAAAGUGCAAAUACUGCUGAAACAACAACAUCGAAACUGCAGUAACGUCUGUUAACCAGCCUCUGAUGUAAUUUAUUGCAAUUGUAAAAUAAAUAUAGUUCUUUGCUGUC